CGCUUCAGUAUAAAUCAGUAGAGAGAGAGAGAGGGUUGCGUUCCAUGGCGAACAGAGACAAACCUCUGGGUAAGAUUGCAGAGGCAUUCAAAGAUCUCGCUGCAACCAUAAAUUCUGGAACCCAAGACGUCAAGGUCGCGCAAUUUUCUCGUGCUUGCUCUCUCAUUUCCCCUCUCUUUGGCUGCUUGGGGAUCACAUUCAAGUUUGCAGAGAUGGAUUAUGUUGCGAAGGUUAAUGAUCUAGCUGAAGCAUCAAAAUCAAUUGUUACAUUAAAAUCGUUACUGGAUCGUGAUAUUGAGAAUAACUGUGUGAGGAAUGCUGGUAGUCAUUCGAGAAACCUUCUUAGAGUGAAAAAUGGAAUUGAUAUGGUCAGGGUUCUAUUCGAGCAAAUUCUAGCUUCAAAGGGAAACUCCCUGAAGGAUCCAGCUACUGUGGCUUAUGCCAAGGUUCUUGCUUCCCACCAUGGAUGGGCCAUCAGGACAGUUGUUGCUGCUGGGAUGUUAACCCUUCCCACAAGGGCACGGCUCUUGCAAAAGCUGAAUGAAAAUGAGGCCUCAGCUAGGGUUCAGAUGCAAAACUAUAUUGCUGCUUCUGCACCUGUUAUUCAGUACAUUGACAAGCUAUUUCUUUCAAGGCAGUUGGGCAUAGACUGGUGAAAGAUGAAGUUUCAUGUGUUUUCAUCAGAUUGACUUUGAUGCUUUAAUCCUUUACAUUGGUAACUUGGCUUGAUUGCCACUGUUGUUGCCCACGUAACUAAUUAUGAAUCACACUUUCAAGUUUGGGAAAUUUUUUCCCACACAGCAAAUGCACCAAACACUCUCUCAUAGUGUUUUUUUUUUUUUGUUAUAUUUGUCUCUCUCUUCCCUUCACCCAUGUGGGCCCUAUGUAGAUGAUAAUAUUUUCUCCAUACUGCCAAUGGUGUGGCAUGGAAGAUUCCCCCACAUCGAUGGCGUGGGAACCCUCUCCCUUUUAUUUAGUAAAGUUUUCUGAAUAAUGAAAGCAA